AUGUCUUUUAUUGAAGGAUGCAAAGAAGUCGCGAACACAUCACCGGAAGAGAACUCCUCCACCAGUGGUUCAACGAAAAGAAAAAGCGAGAGGCAGUCAACCUUACCGACGAAAAAACCGAAAAGUAUGAAGAAAGCGACAACAACAGUGACGGAGGACGAGGAAUUUUUGACCUUGGAAUUGGAGAUGAAAAAAGUGAAACUAGUGGAUCUGAAGACAUGGGCAAUGAAGAAACUGGAAAAUAAUUUGAUAGAGGAGACGGACCUUUUGGCUUUUUGUCAAAUUUUAUUUCCGACGGAGACGAACGAAUUUUCAAUCCUUUGUUUGGUGACGAUUAUUUUCGUAAUUUGUCCUCUCCCAGUCGUAGAGACAGUAAUACAUCCGAAGAAAUGGACAACGACGGGCAUUCAGUCGAUUUGGGAGAAUACGAUGAUACUGCAAGCGAGUUCGAUGACGAAACUAUACAAUCUGAUGAGGAAGUCUAUGACGACCUCCUUACCACACUUGGACGUGAAUUGGCUGCAAAAUUUGUCUCUGGAAUCCAUCGGUAUGUCAGCAGAAUCAUUGUGCCGGGUGGAAUUGGGGGAGUUCAAAACUGUUUGUGAGAAUUGGACAAACUUAUUGAGCGUUACCCCCCAACACAUUUCUACAUCAUCGCCGAACACAACGAUCACAUACACAUCAGCCACGUGUGUGGGUACUCGGGAGGAUCUUGCAGGUGCUCCUUCCUCCUUCGAGGAACAUUUUGGAGCAAGUACGGAAGACGUGGACUUUGUAGGAUUUCUCGAAGCGUUGACUUCGGGGCAGCAGAUUACAGAAACGUACUGCGAUACCUAUUUUAGGGCGGCCGACGCGUCCACUGCAUUGGAGGCUUCCGAGAGAAUGGAAGAUUAUUUGAUAGAUAUAAAUAUUUAUCGUCGAAAAGACAUUUGGGACAAGCCGAAGGGGGAAUACUGGCUGGGAGCGAUGGAGCGAUGCCGCGGGACAUUUCCUGCGAAUCAUCAAGCAGUGAAUUAUGCGUCGAGGAUAGUCAAGCUCCUAGGGGAAAAGAUGAUAAAACUAAAAAAUCUAAAACGGGUACGAAAAACUCCUGGCUUCGCCCGGAAAACGGGCCGAUAA